UACCAACAUGGCGACUUUCAAUAUUUUCUGCUUCUGUAUACUUAGUAUUUUAUUAGCUCCAUUUUACACCCAUGCAGCGAGCUACAAAGGUGGAGAAAAGGUUCCACUGUAUGUGAACAAAGUUGGUCCGUACUUCAACCCUCAAGAGACGUACCAUUACUAUUCCCUGCCGGUUUGUAGACCUGAAAAGGUAGAGCAUCGUAGUUUAACGUUGGGAGAAGUUUUAGAUGGCGACAGAAUGGCCGUCGCCUUACAUGAAGUGAACUUUAAAGAACAAAAGGAAAACGUAAAGCUGUGUACCGUUACACUGAAGGAAAAACAAGUUCAGGUUUUACGAGAGGCCAUUGAAGAUCUGUAUUACUUUGAAUUUGUUCUAGUAUAUAUUAUUCUGGAACAGCUGUGCAUUUUGGUCAAAGAAAAUUUCCCAUUUGAGUGUAAACAAGAGCAGCUAUUUCUUCAUUCUGGAGAGUGCAAAGGAAAGUUAAUAUGA